GGGGUCUCUAUAGCCCGCCGAAAGCUUACUGGCCUCAGGCUUGUCAUGCCCACUGUCUUCCUGCGGGUCGGAACUUCUCUCAUCUUGACCUUCAACCUCACCCCACUUCACUCAACGACUAACUCAACACAACCCUUUUUUGAACGGUCGCCACUUUUCCUAAGCUGCGUCUCGCUUGCCUUCCUCUUUUUUUCUUUUCCCUCCUUUCCAUUGAUUCAUAUUUGCUUUUCACGUUUGCUACUGCGCUUCUGCUACUCUCUCAUCGUUUCACCGUCGCUAUGUCAUCGACAAGACCUCAAGUGUCCCAAGUCGCUUUGCCGGGUUUCAAUCGCCCUCUUGCUUACCUGGCUGGAAAUCCUUUCCCAAAUGCUGUAGAACCUAUUCCACUGAUUAUGAUCGGGUGAGCCUAUGUGUCGGGGAGGCAUAUGAAGCCACGAAGCAAAGUUCUGAUACAAGGUGAAGGGGCCAGAGAACGUCAUGGGAGUUAGCCAUGCUGCAGAUAAUGGAAAGAAUC